CUAAUAUACAACCUCAUCAACACCUUCGUACUCGGUAGGGUUUAGGGUUUCUGUCCAUUGCUCCAAACACAAGGAAGGUGAAAUCGUGUAGCUUAUCAAAUAAAGGAUGCCGGCGACUGAAAUCACGGCGGAUGCGUUGUCGGCGUCAGGCCGAACGUCGGAAAAGCUCAGCCUGCCUACGCUUCAAUCCAAAAUGAAAUGCGACCCUGAAGGCUACGAGACCGAACUAAACUUGAUUUACAGCCAAUUUAAGUCGUCUGUAGAACUUUUUCAACAACAGGCGGCACUAAAUUUCACCUCCGUCGUCAGUGGCGGCGUUGGAAGCGACCCUACCGUUGCCAAAGACCUCGGUGACCGGGCGAUGUUCUUGGCUCACGUUACGCCUUUUUACCCUAACCAGCUCCUAAACUAUCCGAAAGAGCUCGUGGAAUUUCUUAGGUCAUCCGCUCGCGUGCUUCCGUCCUCGCUUCGUGUCACUGUUACACAAGCUCUGAUACUUCUUCUAAAUCGCAAGAUUGUUGCCAUCAAAGAGACUCUUGCAUUGUUCAUGGAGCUUCAGAAACACAAGAACGAAACGGAAAACAGAGCACUUCAAAGUAUUCUAUUUUCAAUGCUACAGGAAGAGGAUGAAAAGAAAGCAAUGAGGUCGCUUGUCACAAUAUGUGAUCUCCAUAGGAGGAAGGUCUGGUUUGAUGAUAGAACAGCCAAUGCUAUAUGUCGGGCAUGUUUCCACCCAUCAUCAAGGAUUAUGAUUGCAGCUCUGUCAUUUCUUCUUGAUUAUGAAAAAAUUGAGCAAGACAAUGACAGUGACGAGUCAAGUGAUGAAGAAGAAGCAAUCCAACAACAUCAUGUUGUUGUUAGUAAAGAGGCUAUUUACAAGGCCAACAAUACAGGGACAACAUCCAGCAAAAAGAGAAAAAGAAAGCAAAGUUGCAGCGUGUGA